AUGGGAUCUGAGAAAGACCAUGGUAGGCCCUCUUCGGAGGAUGCCUCACGUACGGAAGUCGACCAUGCCGAGAACUCAAUGCGUCCUUCGGAUGAAGCCAUCUUUGACAAAAACAAACUCGUAUCCUCAACCAAGGCCGCACACCCCCUUGCUGGAUACACCCAUCAGCAACUCGCCCACAUGGGCGAGAAGUACGCCCGAGAGCACCAGGGCCUUACGGAUGAUGGCGAGAUUCGAGCCUUCCGACUUGGCGCCAUCAUCGCAGGCGACAUGGAUAAGUACUUGAGCGUCGAGGGUCUUACAGAGGAGGAAAGAACGACGCUCGUCGACGAGGUGGAGCACAAGUGGAGGAAUCCCAAAAUGCUCUACUUUCUAGUGACCAUCUGCUCUCUCUGUGCUGUCGUUCAGGGCAUGGACGAAACUGUUGUAAACGGCGCGCAAAUCUUCUACAGGCGAGAAUUCGGCAUCGACGGCGACACCGACCACGAUAGCUGGAUCACCGGUCUCACGAACUCGGCGCCAUAUCUAUGCUGUGCCGUGGCUGGAUGCUGGAUUACCGAGCCGAUGAACAAGCGCUUCGGCCGCCGCGGCACCGUCUUCAUCUCAUGCUGCAUCUCUUUCCUGGCCUGCUUCUGGCAGGCAUUUACGAACACCUGGUGGCACAUGUUUAUCGCCCGUUUCUUUCUCGGAUUUGGCAUCGGUCCCAAGUCCGCGACAACUCCCAUGUUUGCCGCCGAGUGUUCUCCCAAGCUCGUCCGCGGUGCCCUUGUCAUGCAGUGGCAGAUGUGGACCGCCUUCGGAAUCAUGCUCGGCUACGUGGCGGACUUGGCCUUCUAUGGAGUCCCCGAUUCGAGUGGAAUUACCGGCCUCAAUUGGCGGCUCAUGAUGGGAUCGGCUGGUGUCCCUGCCCUCAUCGUCUGCUCUCUGGUCUACCUGUGCCCCGAGUCUCCCCGAUGGUACUUGACCAAGAACAGACACAGCGAAGCGUUCAAAGCUAUGGAGAAACUUCGAUUCAACAAAAUACAAGCAGCUCGUGAUCUAUUUUAUGCUCACACGCUGCUUCAGGCAGAGUCCGCCAUGUCAAUUGGCCGGGGAAGUCGCAUCAAGGAGUUCUUCACCAUUCGCCGCAAUAGAAACGCCAUGUUGGCUUCGCAAAUUGUCAUGUUCAUGCAACAAUUUUGCGGCGUCAACGUCAUUGCCUAUUACUCGUCGGAGAUUUUCCUCGAGGCGGGAUUCUCGGAGAAGAGUGCACUUGCUGCAUCAUUGGGCUUCGGUAUCAUCAACUUCGUCUUUGCAAUUCCUGCAUUCUACACUAUCGAUACAUUCGGACGACGAAAUCUUCUUUUGACUACUUUCCCACUUAUGGGACUCUUCCUACUUUUUACUGGUUUCAGUUUCUUUAUACCCGAGGACAGCAAAGCACACAUUGGUUGCAUUGCCCUGGGGAUUUAUCUUUUCGGUAUCGUCUAUUCUCCUGGAGAAGGCCCCGUGCCAUUCACCUACUCAGCCGAGGCGUAUCCCUUAUACAUCCGUGCUAUGGGCAUGUCACUCGCGACAGCUACCACCUGGUGCUUCAACUUCAUCCUCGCCGUUACGUGGCCAUCACUCCAGAAAGCGUUCACCCCUACUGGAGCCUUUGGAUGGUAUGCCGGCUGGAACAUCGUCGGCUUCUUUCUGGUCCUCUUCUUCCUUCCCGAGACAAAGGGCAAGACUCUUGAGGAACUUGACAGUGUUUUCAAUGUUCGCCUCUCAAAGAUCGUUCGAUACGGUUGGGCACAGUUCUUCUGGUUCUUUAGGCAUUACCUCCUUCGCUCAAAUGAGCCUAAGCCCAUCGUUCCGCGGGCAGGUGACGAGGCACACGAUGAGAAGGCUAUGCUGCAGGACAGAGACCCCCAACCCAGUGGGAAAGUUUAA